ACGUUGGGAGUGUACUUAUUUAAAUUCAGCCUCAGAUUAUGUGUUAAACCAAUAUGUUAAGGUACUGGUAAUAUUAAUAAAUGCAGAUACAUAAUUGCUCUCCGUGAACUGGAGUGUUGUGGGGAAAUUCAUAAUUAUCAACAUUGAGAAUAGUUUACUGCAGCAAACUAUGACGUCAAAGCAAGUGGCUUUUGUUGUAUGUGCUACACAUUUAAUCCAACAGUAUGUGAUAAACAGAUAACUAAUUGGAAAUUGGCUAAUUUGAUACAAAGAUGAAAAGUAUAUAUAAUACAUCUUGCCAGUGCUGUCCAAGUAAAUUUGUGUGAAAAACCAAUCUGUGUGUCGUUAACUGCCCUCCAGUGGAUGGUAUCGCGGCAUAAAUCAGCAACUUGACAUUUAAAGAAGAAUUCCAUGAAACUUAUUGCUGCUGGCCACCAUGGGCAUUUGCCACUGCUGCGCGUCCCGGCCACUGGACCAUUUAGCGUUACAGAGUUCAGACAGUGAGGUAAUGCUAGGGCCAAUGAAGAUGAAACAGAAGUGCAUGUCUAUCCUCCUUGUGUUUGCCCAGGAGGACUACCAGAGCGAUGGGUUCUGGUGGGCGGCUGAGAAGGGGGGCUAUAAGUGUAACAUCAGCCGUGACCCGGAAAGUGCGCUAGAGACCUACCAGGCAAAGAACCACGAUGUUGUCAUCAUCGACCACAGAAGCAACAAAUCGUUUGAUGCUGAAGCUCUGUGCAGAUCAAUACGAGCCACCAAAGCCAGUGAACAUACAGUCAUAGUCGCAGUCACCAAAAAACACAUCCAUACAGAUAAAGAGGAGCCCUCCAUAUUACCUCUGCUGAAAGCCGGGUUCAGCCGGCGAUUCUUGGAGAGCUCCAACGUGGGCACAUGUCUGAAUGAGCUUCUGGUUUUGGAACACUCGGAUGUGGUCACACGCCAGAAACUGUGCACAUGCAGUGCGCUCUUCUCUGCCCUUGACUCCGUGAACGACUGUGUGGAGAUCUCAAACCAGGACCACGAGAUACAGUAUGUGAACCCAGCCUAUGAACGUCUAACGGGAUACACAAUGGAGGAAGUGUUGGGGAAGGACACCCGCGAAUUGCGAAGUGACCGCAAUAAGCAGGAGAUUUCAGAUAGUAUAAAUGGACAAAUGAAAAAGGGCAAGAAAUGGGAAGGGACCUACUAUACUCGGAGGAAAAGUGGGGACGUGUUACCACAACAUUGUAGGAUGUGUCCAGUAAUGGGAGUUGGAGGGAAGCCAUCUCACUAUGUGAGCAUACGCAGCCCCCACAUGGAGUCCUCUCACUACUUUGACAAGUUGAAGGACCCAGACUACCUGUCACAAAUAGCAAACGGUGGAAUUCACAGCAUUGCGAGGCGAAAAGAAUCGUUUGCAAGAAUUCACUCCAUGACAAUUGAGGCACCAAUAACAAAAGUUAUAAACAUAAUUAACACUGCACAAGAGAGUAGCCCAAUAACCGUAGUUCAAGCUUUAGAUAAAGUAUUAGAGAUACUUCGAACUAGCGAGCUUUAUUCACCCUACUUUGCCCAAGAAAUGAAGGGAGACGACCCAAUGACCAGCGACUAUCUCGGAGGACUGAUAUCACAAGAUGCAGCUCGCAGUAUGAAGGAGGUUGACCAUCCAUUGAGAGCUGCAGCCCAUGUGCCGACCAGCCACAUAGCACACCACCACAUCUCCAGCCAGCUGAUCCCAGACAACAUUAACAACCUGUUGGUCAAAGAGGACUCCUGGGACUUUGACAUAAUCGAGCUGGAGCGUGUCACAAACAAACGACCGCUAGUAUACGUAGCAUUAAGGACAAUGGCCCGAUUUGAUGUCUGCUCGUUCCUGAGUAUCUCGGAGACGUGCAUGGCCAACUGGCUGCAGCUGAUAGAGGCCAGCUACCAAUGCACUAACAGCUACCACAACUCUACCCAUGCUGCGGACGUCCUCAACAGCACUGCCUACUUCCUUCAACGAGAAAAAAUCAAGGCUAUAUUUGACCCUAUAGACGAGGUAGCAGCACUGAUUGCAGCCGCAGUGCACGAUGUGGACCAUCCAGGGAAGAGCAAUGCAUUCCUUAUCAACUCCCACAGUGACCUCUCUGUACUGUAUAAUGACAUAGCUGUCUUAGAAAAUCAUCAUGCUGCCCUCACCUUCAAACUGACUGCUAGAGACCAGUCUGUGAACAUCUUUAAGAAUUUAGACAGGGAUACGUACCGUCUCCUACGACAGAGCAUCAUUGACAUGGUGCUGGCUACAGAGAUGAUGAAGCAUUUUGAGCACCUGAACAAGUUUGUCAACAGCGUCGUGAAACUGACCCAGAAGGCCGAGGAGACUUCCUCAUUGAGUGGUACGGGUUCACCGGACAGUGCAAUGAUCCUGAACCAGCUGUCAACAACGGAGAACAAGACGCUGAUCAAGCGGAUGCUGAUCAAGUGUGCAGACGUGUCCAAUCCGUGUCGGCCACUCAACCUGUGCAUUGAGUGGGCUCGAAGGAUAGCAGAGGAGUACUGCCAACAGACAGAUGAGGAGAAGCGUCUCGGUCUGCCUGUUGUGAUGCCAGUGUUUGACAGGAAGACGUGCAGCCUGCCCAAGUCACAGACCAGCUUCAUUGACUUCUUCAUCAAGGACAUGUUUGAAAACUGGGAUUACUUCUGUGAUAUUCCUGUUCUUAAAGGACAUCUAGAAACAAACUAUGAUUUCUGGAAACUUGAGGAAGAGUCUCCCACACACGACUAUGACCUUUCAGUAAAGGUCGCUCAAAAAACCGCAGAGCAUGAGAACGUUCAAAGAAAGUCUAGUGACAGUACAGGAAAGUCUUCAACAGAAGACAAAGCCACUAAUUCGAUCAACAGCACAUGAGGGAUACUUGCCCAGUGAAUACUAGUUUUAGUGAAAUGAAAGUCACAUGAUGUGUCACGUGACGCUAUACUGUGGUCAUGUGAUCUCUAUUUUUUGCUUGUCCUCCCAAGUAUGCUCUGAAAAGCCGGCCAUUUUGUGAGGGUGUCUUCUUCAGUAGGAACUGACUCUGGUAACCAUGGUAACCAGUGAGUGAGGAGUUCAGGAAAGUGGGUCAUGUGGGCUUUGGUUUUCUGACUGCUGCUAAGGGCGUCAUAAGUCUCAGGGUGAUAAUGAAAACAAAGAAAGGAUAAUAUAUAAGAUUUUUUGUUAAGAAACUAAUUUGUUUUGUUAUGUGAGUAAUAACUGUUGACUUUUCCAAACAAUUUCAAUGAGUAUGUGUAGAUAUUAAAGUUGUUAUGGAACAAACUUUGUAGCGAGGUUUCUUGUUGUUUCUCAGGUGCAUGAUGUAAUGAAUGCUGAUUGGGACUGUUACUUGUUGUUUCGUCAAUGAAAAUGAAUCCUCUAUUUAGCGAGGAACAAGUUGAAAAUGUGUUUAAACAUUAAAGAAAACAGUUGUGCUGAAAUGUACAGUUGUUGUUAUGAGUAAACUGCUGUUUUUAUUACAUGUAAAAUACUAUAACAAUGUUAUGAUGUAUAAAAGUAUUUAUGUUUGUUGACUACAGGAACUUUAGGAUGUUUUGUUUUUAUAAUCCUGUACAUAGUUAUAUUUGUUGUGAAAAGCAAUCAGUCCAAAUCAGUUAAAAUGUCUCCUGUUGAUGUAGUUGUAUCAUAUUUGUAUUGUUUUGCUAUAGAGGCCGGUUAAUCAUGUGACAUGAGUGCAGCGGUUUGCAUUUAUACUGGGUGAGGGGGAUGUUGCAGGUACUACAUCGGCAUUUACAUUUUGCACAGAAAGCUGUUAUUCUAAAGUGGAAUCACAUACUAUUUCAAUAAGUUGCCAGCUGAUUUCUUAUGUCCAGCAAAAUACCCAUGUAUUGAAGUGUUCACCAUUAUCAGAAUGUUGGUAUUUCAAGUUUAAUAUGUAUAUAUAUUGUAACUGGAGAAUUAAGUGAUAGUGUUAUCAUGCAAAAAACAAAAGUUUCUGUGGAUAUUUUUUAUUUAUUUCAAUAUUCCUGUUAUAUUAUUUAUGUUAAUAUGAGUGUUCAUAAUUGGCAAAUUAUCACUUUUAUAGUUAAAUGGCAUUAUUGCUUGACUUCUGGUAUCGUAGUUUCUUCAAAGAUUUCAUCAUGUUUUUAAUUAUGGUAAAAUCAACUUCUGUAUUGCCUAGCGUGUCAAUGAUUUUUUACCUGACUAAAUGUAAGGUUAAUUUUUGUGAGGUGAAAAACAAUCAUAACGAGAAUCACUUAACAUGUGGCAAGUGUUUUUCUACAAAGUUCCUGGAUGUAUUACAUCUACGCACAUCUAAAAGAUGGUAAACGCAGUUAACAUUCAUAUUGGAGACCCUUCUUUGAGAAUGUAAAUACCCAACAAUGACUUGUAUUGGUGAAAACAAGCUUGAUAUAAAUAUGUUGUGAAUCUUUGACUAAAAUAUUUGAAAAAUGAGCUACACAGUCAAAUGAUUAUAUUUGCAAUAAUUUUUACCUGUAUUUAACGCCUUCCAAAACCUCAGGGGCGUUAACUAGAAAAUACAUGUAUAGAGAAUUAUGAAGUUAAUGUGCAAGAUGCUAACAGGGAAUUUCAAGAACAGACAUGUUAGGCAAUAUCAGAUUUUGGCUGUUGGCACCCUAUCAUGUCUUAAUAAUUUUGUGGAGAAAAUGGCAUUUCUUACAUCAUUAUCAUUUAUUUAUGUUUAAGAAUUUAUAUAAAAAAUCAAUCAUUUAAUGAAAUCCCUAUUUGCAAUAUAUACAUGUGAAAUGCGUUGCAAAGAUUGUUAAUAGAUGAACAGAUUAUUUUCAAACUAAGUCUGGAAAAUGUGUCUAUUGUUUUGUGUAAAAAUGGUGUAAUAAACAUGUUUGCAAAAGUUACGCUAUGGUUUGAAUUUCAGGUACUCAAUAUGACGGUGAUGAAGAUUUUGCUAAUCAUGAUUUCAUGGGCUGAAUAAAUGGUGCUAAGAUUUUCAUCUUGCUCUAAAACAUGUUAAAAGUAAUGGCAACAAGUUUACUCUUAUCACCUAUUGUUCAGAUAUUGUUAACCCUUCUUCUUUUCAUAUUGAAAUUAUAUUGAUAAAAAAGUUUUAAAAUAACAAUACAGAUAUGUGUCUCUUGAUUUUGCCUAUUUAUGCCUAGCGUCUAGAAAAAAGGCCUUGGCAAACAGCGUAGAUCAGGGUCUGCGCUGUUUGCUUAAAGGAAUUUCUGUAAGAAAUGUUCUAAAUAUAGAAAUUAAUAUACUUGACAUCCCUAAUUUUGGAAAUAAUCCAAUUUAGAAGAAUGGGAGAGUCCACUAGUCAUAAAUGGGUUAAGCAUAUGCUUGAGAUGGGUAGUUAAGAACUUCAGAUCAUGUAGUAUGUAUAUGAUCCUCUUCAUGCGAAAUUAGGUCUAAUGCCAUAUGCGGCCAGCUUGGCGGUAGCUACACUGUCUGUUAAAAAGUAACGCAAGGUUAUAGUUUCAUAAUUAGUAGACAGGGUAGCUCCUGACCAUACUACGUAGUUGUGCAGACUUGGCCCUGCAUAUGACAUAAGACCUAUUUUUGUAUGAUGUGGGUGUUAAGUUUUCGACUGUGAUAGAUUGGCUUGAAAAACAUAUAUACACACAUACAAAUGCUGAUUUCUUGGGGAAGGCAUAAUAAAACAAACAUUUAAGCAGGUGUUCACAAAUAUGUAUGUUUAAACUUUUAAUGUUAGUUUUUGUCGAAUGGGAAUGUUAAAUGGACAUAUUUAAACAAAAUACUUGACAUAAAGUUGCUCUUUAACUUUAUCUAUUAUGAUAAUUGUUAAACCAUGCAUACAGUUGUAGUUUAUAUAAUAAUUUAUUGGUGACUUUAUUGGUGACAUUAUGUAAAGUUAAUUGCUGUUAAAAAUUCUAAAUAAAUGAGAUUGAAUUUUGAUGACAUGUUGUUUUUUUUCAAAAAUGUGUGUAUAAGGUAAUAUCACCUAAGAAAUUUACAUACUGCGAACAGUAUUUAACCAUUUGGCUCUACACAAUGGCACAUUGUUUUUUUGCAAUUCCUGUUUUGUAGAUUGUGUCUUGAGCUUUAAUCCAGUUACCAAAAACUAAUGUUGUUCUAACAUGCCAUAAACAAAAUUAGCAUUUAUAGUAAUUUAUGUAAUUUGUGUAAUCAGUAUUUUUUUUCAAGUACCCUUAUUAAUUCAAACGUUAGCAAAAUUAGGAAUACAACAGGAGAACCAAAAUCAUGGAAACUGAUGGUACAAAAUCAGAAUUUUCAGACUCUGAUUAUUUCAGUUGUAAAAUUUUCUUACUCUGCGGUUAAUGGUUUAAAUGUUUUUAUGUAAUUUCCAUGUAUAUUCAAAUGUACGUUCAAAUUUGCAGUUUUAUUCUCGCAUUUAUUGUUUAUAAAAAAUGUAUGAUGGCCAAGAGAAGGGGAUAAAUGUGGUAAAAAUUGCACAAAUUGAAAGGGCAAAUGUAUAAAAUGGCUAUAACUGAGAGGUACUUGUUGAACUCUAUGAUGUGAUGUCCUUAUUUAACCUCAUAGUGUACAAUAUUUCAUAUGAUAAUUAUUAUAUAGUAUAUUGAUAUACAUAGUAUAUUUUGUGUAUAUACAAAAUGUAUUUGUUUGUAAUCGUAAAACAGAUUUUGCCCUUUUUGGCAAAUGUUCAUGUAAAUUGUACCUAUGUUGUUUUGCUACAAAGUUUUAGAGAAUCGAUUAUUACAUAAAUAUAUGACUGUUUGAAAUAUACUGUUUUCUGUGUGUUUGAAAUUUGUUAAAUGUAUAUUUUAACAAGAGAUCAAUAAUGCGGACAGUGUAGUGACAUAGUGACAUGAGAAGUUUUUUAUUAUAAUAGAAUGUAGAUAUUUUUCUCAAGUAUGUUAUAAAGCGCCUAUAAGCCACUUUGUAGUACCUCUGCUUGCAAUCUACUUUAUUAUAGACAGGCAUAGUUUUAGCUUGUGGUUAAACAAGAAGUAUUACAUGUGCUACAUUUACAUUCUUAUGGCACCUUUGAAUAAAGUUUCAAAGAAGUUUGUUCCUUGAAUCACAUAUAAAUACCUUACUAUAUUGAUUGGAAGAAUGCUGUAAAUCAUGAACUGUUUUUUUCAAGUGUCAUCUGUUGAUAUAUAUAAUUAUGUAUGUAUAUUUAUUGGCAUUUUACAUUUGUUUUAAUUACUGGUACAUUUUGGAUAAAUAAUUUUCUGAAAGGAAGUGCACGCUGCUUUAACAGGAAGAGAUUUUCAUUUGCAUGCUGUUUGUCACCAUGAACAGCAACAAUUACUACUUGAUGUGCUUGUAGACUUGUCUAGUACUAAUGAGAUAUUUAUUCUUGAUAUUUAAUAUUGCCUUGUAAGCAUUUGACUUACUCUGGGAUAUGCUAAACUUUGGAGGAAAAAACGCUAAUCUGGGGAAACAAACCAUGACCACUUAUCUGAAAUCCUUUAAUAAUAAGCUUCCGUAACAACUAUAAUUACUUCAAUAUAACAAGCAUAAAAAGGGUUGCGCUUUUUGUACAUAUGGAUUCUUGUCCGUGGAUUAUUCCAAAACUGUUGAGAUUCUCAACACAAUUAUUUAAUUUGAUUUUUUGUCAAAGCAAUAUUUGCCUGGAAUGCAAUGUUUUUCUAUGUUGAAUAAUCCCAUUUGUAUUGUAAAAACUUGGUCUUUAAUAACAAAAGAGAAGCAAUUCUUAUAGGAGCGUUAUGCUAUAUAUAACUUAUUGAACAUAAAAACAGUCAUUAUUUAUUUCAAGCCAAAAGAUAUUGCUUGCAAAGUUAAUAUAUGUCUGCCUAGUACACGUAUUUUGUGUCCCUGGAUAUUGUGAUACAUAUGAACUAACACUUACUGGUAAUACAGUAUGUCAUGUUUUGAAAAACAUUAUUAAGAUAGGAACGUUUUUGGAAUUUACCCCAUCAAACAUUUGUUAAAUAACUUCAAACUAAUUUUGAAAGGAUGCUUUUAUAUUUUUCUCUUUAAGGAAUUUAUCUUACAGCGAUCAGUUGGAAAAUUUUAUAAAGUGAACAUUUAAUUGUAAUGUAGACAUUUUAGACAGAUUCAUUUUUUAAAUUAACAGCUUAAAUGGAUGUUAUAUUGGUUGAUAUUUGUUUAAUUCAACUGGUUGAUAUUGGUUCAAUUCAACAGUGUUUAAAUCAAAAACACAAUGUUAUUUUUAUGGAAACACAUAUUUAACCAGGUUUUCCGAAGGAAAAAACUGGUUAUUAGAUUGGCGAAUGCGGGCGGGCUGGCUGGCUGGCGGGCUGGCUGGCUGGCAGGCUGGCGGAAUAAGCUUGUCCGGGCCAUAACUAUGUCGUUCAUUGUCAGAUUUUAAAAUCAUUUGGCACAUUUGUUCACCAUCAUUGGACGGUGUGUCGCGCGAAAUAAUUACGUCGAUAUCUCCAAGGUCAAGGUCACACUUUGAGUUCAAAGGUCAAAAAUGGCCAUAAAUGAGCUUGUCCUGGCCAUAACUAUGUCAUUCAUUGUGAGAUUUUAAAAUCAUUUGGCACAUUUGUUCACCAUCAUGGGACGGUGUGUCCCACGAAAGAAUCACGUCAAUAUCUCCAAUGUCAAGGUCGCCACGACUAAAAAUAGAUUUAAAAAAAAAAAAAAAAUUACAAAGGGGGUUAAUUUUUUUUGGUCAUUUCAAAAGUUCA